GAGAUCGGCUCCAGCCCGGUUCCGCUUUGAGAUCCGCUCUGAGUUUGCAGCCCGCCCCCGGGGUGAGGGGACCAGCCUUCCGAUUCGUCACCCAUUAGGGGGCAGGAAUCAACAUGCAGUGAGAACCCGUCCGUGCCAGCCCAGAACUGAUCAUCACAGUGACUCGCUGGAGCAGUACUAGGCUUCUCACACAGUACAGAGAACACUCAGAUUUGGGUGAGGGCACCCACAAGCCUUGCUGCAGGAGGACAGACCGGUAAACAUGUAAUUACCAUCCUGCACCAUAAGUUGUAAGCUGUUGUUCACUCAAGUGGAGAAGAGUGGCAUAAGGAGACCUGGAUUUGGAGAUAAGAUGUCUGGGUUUGAGUCCUGGUUCCUCCAUAUCCAGCAUAAUGAGGUCCCAUUCCUUGCCUGAAGAAUAGUGGCAGCAAUCUCCAGGAUUGUGGGGAGGCAGAAACUAGAGCAAGGCAAGGAGCGUGGCAAGCAGGCGUGCCUGUGCAGACGUACACCAUUAGCAAUUCUGCAGGGAGAGCUGGCCCUCGGGGCUCCAGGUUUGGGCUUGCAUUUCCAGAACGGACUCGGUGGUCAGAGAAUGGGACACUCAUGAAAUUUCUACCUAUGGAAUUGGUUGGUUAGUGUCAGAUCGCUCAUGACCAAGGGGAGUUGUGGGGAGGCCACCCAGGGGAGGAGCAGCUGGUCAAGGCAAGGCCUAUCUCUGGUGGGUGCUAGGACCUGGGCCAGGCUGCAGUUUGGCCUCUUGCCCCCUUGUGCCAGGGGCUUCCUGGAAGAUGUUAGGGGGCAGUUGGAAAAUUUUUUCAGCCAGAGAUGAUUUAGUGGGGCACCAAGGGCAGGCAACUAGGGCUAGGAAGGCCUGGCUCAAACCCCGAACCCAAGAGAUGCCCUCAAGGAGAAGGAAGAUUGCGGUGUUGCCAACAGACACCAGCAAGGUGACUGGAGAAGUCAGCACAAGCAGCCAUGGGCCUGCUGGGUGCCUGGCACUGCACUGGAUCCUGGGUGGGAAGCUUCAUAAAUCAUCUCCAUCACCAUCUAACUCACAUAGAGCAUUCACCAUGUGGCAGAUAAUGAGCAACAGCUUCACAUGCUGUCAUUUAAUCCUCUGACAGUCCUCUGUUCUUAUCUCCAUCGAGGACACGGAGACACAGCAGGGUUGAAACUUGCCGAGGCUGGAUUCCCACCUGAGUCUGGGUCUUGUUGCUUGCUGGGCUCUUGGCUCGUCCAGCUCUCUGCUGGUACAUAUACCCCACCAGAGCUGCCAAGGUGAGGGAAGGGAUGCAUAGAUGAAGAAGGCUGGCAUCUGCCCCUACUGCUUACACUUCAAGUCUGAAUGGCAGAGAACUCACUCAGCAGCCUCUGAAGGAGGCCUACUGGUAGCCUGUGGUGUGCGGCCAGGAGGGAGGGGCCUGCAGCCUGCGUGGACAGAGUGGGCUUUGUUCUGCUGGUGGGGCCAGGUGUGUGGAUGUGUGCCAUGCCUGCAGCAGUAUGAUCUGUCACGUCCCAGCUCCUGGGUCCUGCCAUGCCAUUCCUUCGGUGUUGCUGCCCCUCACUGGGCCUCAGUCACCCAUGAUCUCCAAGGGACCAUGGAAUUCUUGGGAAAGUGAACAAAGACUGAGAGUUGUUCAGAAUCCAUAAAGGUGACAGCUGUUGCCACUCUGGCUAUCAAGGAAGGUCCAAAUCUACCUUGGGCAAGGGAGGAAGAAGGUGGCGCAAUUUGCAGAUGGCCUCCAUGCCUGGGAGGAUUCAAGCUCUAUAGCUAAAAACACCCCAAGGGGGCCAUGAUGGGCCAAAGCUGUUUUAGAGAAGCAUCUUAUAAAAGGCCUGGAGUGCCAUGCAGGGAGAAUUCCCUGGGGCUCUUAGGGCCAUACCAUUUACUCUUAUUGUCCUAGGACUUCAGCAAACCUUCUUUAGAGUGACUGUGGAUUUGGCACCAUGGCCCAACAGUGAAAAACUCAUGGCCCCAGUCAGGGAUGACUUCAUGGUAUCUUCUAAGCCAGGGGCAAGUGUAAUCUCUAAGCACUUGUCUUUCUACCCGUGUGUUAUGUAACCUGGUUGAUCAGUAGAUGGGUCCUUGGUUCAUCCAGCUCUGUGUUGGUGCACACUCCCUACCAGGCCUACCUCGGCAGGUCAGGUUUUGGUGGGGGAGAUGAUCUUGACCCAGAGAUCCCUCUUCUCCCUGUCCUUAUUUGGUGGCCACUGGUCUGCCUUUUCCUUUCUUGCAAGGGUGGAACACGGGUCCUAGGAGGAGACCAGGUUAAUACUACUAUACAGACGAGAAAUUGCUCAGAGAAAUAGAGCUACAAAGGUCACACAGAUCCAAGUCUUCUGAGUCUCAGGCUUGCUAUUGGUGGGUCUCUGUCCCCACUGCUGGUCUAUAAGCCCCAAGAGAACAGGUCCCUGGUUUCCUCUCCACCCCCUACCCCAACCUGACCCUGCCCAGUGCUUUGUGCUUAGUAGAGCUUUAGUAAGCACUUUUGUUAAAUUUUAAACUCCUAAAACUCUGGAGUUGGUUCAUCUAGACUAAAUCCUUAUUGUGCAGAUGGAGAAACUGAGGCUCAAAGAGGGGCAGGACCUGAUCAAUGAUGGGGGCUGUCCAGGGCAGAGGGGGGAUGAAGACCUAUGGCUCCUGACUACUCCCCGGGACUUGCCACCAUGCACAGUUGCCCAGUUUCCUCCCUGUCAGCAUCCUGGAACAUGCCCCCACCAUGCCGUGGCCGCUGCUGGUGCCUCUGCUGCUGUUGCUGGCUGUGAGUGGAGCCCAGACAACACGGCCAUGCUUCCCUGGGUGCCAGUGUGAGGUGGAGACCUUCGGCUUGUUUGACAGCUUCAGCCUGACUCGAGUGGACUGCAGUGGCCUGGGCCCCCACAUCAUGCCCGUGCCCAUCCCUCUGGACACAGCUCACCUGGACCUGUCCUCCAACCGGCUGGAGAUGGUGAACGAGUCGGUGCUGGCCGGGCCAGGCUACACUACACUGGCCGGUCUGGACCUCAGCCACAACCUGCUCACCAGCAUCUCACCCACUGCCUUCUCCCGCCUCCGCUACCUGGAAUCGCUUGACCUCAGCCACAAUGGCCUGGUAGCCCUGCCAGCUGAGAGCUUCACCAGCUCCCCCCUGAGUGACGUGAACCUUAGCCACAACCGGCUCCGGGAGGUCUCCAUAUCUGCCUUCACCACACACAGCCAGGGCCGUGCACUGCACGUGGACCUCUCCCACAACCUCAUCCACCGCCUGCACCCCCACCCCGCUCGGGCCAGCCUGCCCGUGCCCACGAUCCAGAGCCUGAACCUGGCCUGGAACCGGCUCCGCACAGUGCCUAGCCUCAGAGACCUGCCCCUGCGCUACCUGAGCCUAGAUGGGAACCCUCUAGCCAGCAUUGGCCCAGAUGCCUUCACAGGGCUGGGAGGCCUUACACACUUGUCACUAGCCAGCCUGCAGGGUCUCCCCCAGCUGGCGCCCCACAGCUUCCAUGAGCUGCCGGGCCUGCAGGUCCUGGACCUGUCAGGCAACCCCAAGCUCACGUGGACAGGAGCGGAGGUGUUCUCAGGCCUGGGCUCACUGCAGGAACUGGACCUGUCAGGCACCGGCCUGGUGCCUCUGCCAGAAGUGCUGCUCCACCACCUCCCAGCUCUGCAGAGCGUAAGCGUGGGCCAGGACAGGAAGUGUCGGCGCCUGGUACGGGAGGGCGCCUACCCACGGCAGCCUGGCUCCAGCCCCAAGGUGGCACUGCACUGUGGAGACACCCGGGAAUAUGUUGCCAGGGGCCCAGACAUCUUGUGACAAAUGGCAUGGCCUGGGGCCAUGUGACAGACUGCUGCCCUGGGCUUGCUCAGGUCCUAGGUAACUUAUAUUUUAAUGUGCCAGUGUCAGCGGGGAGUCUGCAGGCCCAUGCCCUGCAGAGCUGUGGCCUAGGAGGGGCUUUGCUCCUGGGAAUAGCACCUGGGAACAAAAUGCCCCUAUUACUCUCUUACCCUCUCCCCAAAACCAUGAGCAGAGGGACUUGGAUGUCAAACCAGACUCUGGUCCCUUUCUGCUGUCCUCCACACUCGUCCCCCAAGUGCCUUCCCUCUUGCCUGGGCUGACCUGACCCAUGAUGGGAGGAGGAUGUGUGGGAGCUACUGCUGCAGGAGACUCAGGUCCACUGGGCUGUGUCCCCUUGGGCCUACAGUCUGGUCACUCAGGGGCAGGAGUUUCUGUUAUAUUAUACCCCUUCUUUGGUCUGGGUUCACAAGGCCCAUCUUAUCAUUUUUCUUUUCAUAGAAUCUUGGGUAGAACCCUAAUUAUAGGAGGGACUGGAGAGAAAAAUCAAGUCUACCCAUGAGAAAAUGAGGCCUAGAGAAGCCCUGUCCAGGCAGAGGCAGGACUGAAGCCCAGUCCAGGCCCUCUGCACCUACCUGUCUUUGUGAGGUCUUCCUUUCAUCUUUCCUUCCUGGGCUCCCCUUGCUGUUGCCUGUCCCAUUUCCCCUUCAUCCCCAGCAGCAGCAGUAGCAAGACAGGUAAGGGCCUCAGAAGUGGGACUCUGGGUCCAGUGAUCAUUCAUGUGGCAUGAGCAAAGUCAGUUCCCCCUUCAGAGCCUCUGGAAGCUUGGGGCAUGCCAGUCCCAGGCCUGCAAGUUUCUCACUCUGGGGUGGGGGCCCCAGUAUCAAGACUGGAAAUAAGUCCAUAUUCUCCUGAGACCCUGCCUCUAGAUGCUUCCCCCAAGUUGUCAGUGCAAUUCUGGAAUCCCAUCUGGCCAUGAGCUCCAACAGGGCUCCUGGAUUCAGUCCCCGUGGGCCUGAACCCAAAAGCUCCUCUCACCCUCCCAGGAGUAGAGCAGGAAGAGGCAGGGUCUCCCUAUGCCAUUUAAACUCCACCCUUAGGGCAGCAUCUCAGUGUCCCAGCCCUGGGUUCUUCCCUUUGUGUUCAUUUGAUAAAAGUGUUGCCUUUUUUGAUGGACUGUCACUCUCACAGACACCCACACCCACACAUACACACCACUGCUGGCAGGGGAUGGAAACAUCAUUUGUAAAAGAAGAAGAAUGUUUGUUCACUUUUGCAAUACUUUAUCCUGGGCACCUGUUGGCAGGGUUGUGGGGAAGUCAGCCAUCAGUGGCCCUGUGAGCAUCUUGGGGCUGGUCUCAGAGAUGCCCAAGGGCAGCAAGAACUCUGGCUUCCCCCACCAGCCCAACCCAGCACCUGACUGGUCCAUGAUUUAAUAAACACUAAAGAGUUCUUUUCAUCAUGCA